AUGUCUGUUUUUGAUGGAGAGAUUGAGUUUAAAUCUGUCACCAUGGUGGACUUUGACAGGAAAAUCAAACCUAAAAGUCCACGUCGUAAGGCAAUUGACGACGACUGUCUAAUCGUGGGGUUUAGCCGUGAUGCGCUGAGGGCCAGGGAACAGCCGCGGAAGUAUCCCGAUAAACUUUGUCCGUUGACUCAUGAGUAUUAUAAAGACGCUGUAAAGAGGUUCGCAGAGGAUCACCCAAAAUUGACAGAAAUGUAUAUGAGUAAAGAAAUUGAUCCAAAACCCAUAGAGAAUGACAUACAAGAUUUGAAGAGGACAGAGUACUUAGUGGAAUAUUGUUCGAGAGAACUGCCGUUCAUGUCCGUCAACUUGGCGCGUCGAGCCCGUGCCCUCCAGACCCUGCGGCUGCCAGAUGACGUUGAGAUUCCCGACACCACCCACCGAGCCAAUCACCGAGCUCCAAAACCAGAGAAAUACGAGGAACAUCCCUCCACAAUGUCUAUGAAGCCCAAGUUUGAUAAUAAGUUGACAACUGAGCUGCGUCGUAUCCUGCGCGUGCGCACAGGCGAUACCUCAUAUAAUACCGCCCACGGGUUGCUAGGCAAGGUGAUUUUGGAAAAGCAUCCAUUUGGGAAGCCGCGCAAAGAACCGAAAUUUGGACGUUGGCUCAACCCUUACACGUAUACCUACAGAAUUGAUUGA